UAGGAGAUCCCGGAAGUGUGAGGGCUGCUACGCAAUUGGGCCACAGGGAGGCUGGGAGCUGCAGCGCUAUUCGGACAGGAGCCGAAUAAGAGAUUCGGGAGCAGCCAAUUUAAAGGAAUUAAAAAAAUAAACAAGCAGCUUCCAGCUAAAGGCUCUUCACUUGCUAUGGAAGCACUAGUUGAGCGACUGGAACAGGCUGUGAAACGGCUCGAGGUGGUUUCAGACAAGCUUCAGGGUUACUCUGGGAGCUUGUCCAACGGCGAGAUGAACGGAUAUCAUGGUGAAUCCCAGUGCAUGGAUGCAUUUGACAAUUUACUGAGAGGACCUCUGUCUGAAUACUUGAAGAACAGCCGGACUAUUGGAGGAGAUGUGGCAAAACAUGCUGAGAUGGUGCACAAUGCCCUGCUGGUACAGAAGGCUUUCCUCAAACUGGCCACCACACACCAGGAGCCUUCACAGACAGAGCUGGCAGACCUCCUCAGGCCCAUCUCAGAGCAGAUUGGGCAGAUCCAGAACUUCAGAGAGAAGAACCGCGGCAGUCGUCUGUUUAACCACCUGUCUGCUGUAAGCGAGAGCAUUCCUGCCCUGGGAUGGGUGGCAGUGAAUCAGAAACCAGGGCCUUAUGUGAAGGAGAUGAACGAUGCCGCUAUUUUCUACACCAACAGAGUCCUGAAAGACUUCAAAGACACUGACCCUUGCCAUGUGGAGUGGGUUCGCUCCUACCUGAGUAUCUGGACUGAACUGCAGGCCUUUAUUAAACAGCACCACACCACUGGACUCGUCUGGAGCAAGACCGGUCCUGUAACUCCUUCAUCCAUGCUCACGGCUGAACCUGCUACUCCCUGCCCUCCACCUCCACCUCCACCUCCACCUGCGUUCACAGACGAUGGUCCAAAGACUGACCACAGUGCGGCUCAGCGUUCAGCUCUGUUCGCCCAGCUUAACCAGGGAGAGAACAUUACUAAAGGAUUGAAGCAUGUGUGUGAUGAGCAGAAGACCCAUAAGAACCCUACUCUUCGCUCUCAGAGUGGGCCAAGUAAGGAUUCUCCUUCAAAAGGCACAGCUCCUAGCUCCUCUGCUCCCACACCAGCUAAGAAAGCAUUUCCAGUCCUGGAACUGGAGGGAAAGAAGUGGAGAGUGGAGCAUCAGGAACAGGUGCAUGAUCUGGUAAUAGAGGAAACAGAGCUGAAACAGGUGGUCUAUGUCUUUAGCUGCAACAACUCCACGCUUCAGAUUAAAGGCAAAGUCAACUCCAUCAUAGUGGACAACUGCAAGAAGCUUGGCCUUGUGUUUGAGAAUGUGGUUGGCAUUUUUGAAAUCAUCAACUCCAGAGACAUCCGGCUCCAGGUAUUGGGAAAAGUGCCCACAAUUUCCAUUAAUAAGACAGAGGGAUGCCACAUCUAUCUGAGUAAGGAGUCUCUAAACUGUGAGAUUAUCAGUGCCAAGAGUUCAGAAAUGAACAUUCUGGUUCCUCAGGAAGAUGAUGAUUAUAGAGAGUUUCCUGUGCCGGAGCAGUUUAAGACCGUUUGGAACGGGUCCAAGCUGGUGACAGAGCCGACUGAGAUUGCUGGCUGAUUGACAGAUUCAUUUUCAUUUCCAUAUAUCUGUUGGUAGCCUCCAUUGCCUGUAUCUGUCACUACUCUCAGCACACAACCGUUUAGACACAGGUUCGUCUUUUACCUGAAUUAUAGCUAUUGGCAAUUUAGUGUAAGAAUAGAGCUAAUCUAGUCUAAAUGCUAGAAAUUUAUGACGAAGGUUCAGAUCUAACCACAAUAAUAAAA